AGCUUGUAUAUGUACAUUUUUUCCCUGAAGAGGAAGGGGAGAGGAGCGUUUGCUUACAGGGAAAACAAAUGACUUUUGAGAAGAGGAAGGCAGAAAUGGCCCCCUUACAGAAAAACAAAUUAGAUUUAGGAGAGAUAAACGGCCCCCAAUAUAACAGUUUUGUAACAGUAUCUCUUGAGGUGUGGUGACAAUUCUCAUUGUUUCUGGUUGCUGGGGGGGGUAUUUAUAACAAUUUUCUUUUAGGUUCCUGUAGAAGGCUGUGUUUUUAGGCAGAUUACAGUUUUCAGGCAUUCAAAUGCAUUUUAACUCAAAAUUAUUUUUACACUACGAUAAUUUAUUCUGUACCCCAUUCAGCCUAAACAACAAAGGAGAUUUAGAAACUCACAUAAUAGAGAAGUCUAAAGAGAACAAGGGUUUCAGCUUGGGUUUGAUAUGGAUGUUUAAGAUGCUCUAAGGAAUCCGCUUGCUUUUUUCUCCCAGUCAUUUAUGCUCCACGUUGUGUUUCAUUCUCUGUUGGUUCUCAUCAGCAAAAAAAGAAAGAUAAUUGUAGCUCUUUCAGUAUUCACAUUGAAACAUCACACUACCCAAAGAAAAAUCUUGUCAGUAAAACAACGACGUUGGCCUUCAUCUCACUGGCCUCUGAAACGAAAACUGGUUCAAAGUAUAAAACUCAUUCUGAUAGUUUGAGGACAGUUGGGCCUUUUGUAGAUUUGUUGGGGGUAGGGACAAGUUUUGCCUAAAUUACAUGGGAAAACACAAAAGUAGUUAUGGAACGGAAGCUGGAAAAUUGCUUACAUGUAUCCAUUAUAAUCAAUCAGGGAACAGCCUGGCUCACAACCUCACUUAAUGAGCAUGCACGAAUCCUUCAACGUGAGCGCACAAUAUGUAAAAAGAGCAGAAAAUGUAUCAAAUAAAAGGAAGAGAAAAUCGUAAAAGAUACGAAGGUAAGGUCAAGAGAAUUAAGAAACAGAUGUUCCACAAGUCAAUCGGAUGGAGUCAGUCAAAAUACAAAUUGCUUCUUAUUUGCUGGGCCCCUUCUCAGCAGGUGGCCUUUGUAAUUUGGCUUUACCCAUAAAUGUUCCUUUUGAAAGCAAAUACAGUGAGCGGAGCUAUCCAGUCUUCUGGCUCUUCACCCCCUCCCAUCUAAAGAUGGGGUAUAAAUUCUCCUUACAGGGGAUGGUAAGUAACCCCAGCAGAGGCGGCUAAAAUGAAAUCUCACCUCGUUUGUCUCACCCAUAGACUUAUCUUUACUCCCCGGGAGCCCUAAAAUUGCGUCUCUUCAUUUCCAUUUCCCCACGAUUUGAUUGUUCUUUGUGAAAGCUGCUACAUAAGGCAGAGUUCCAAGCCACCGUCUUAUUUGCUCUGCGGUGUCUCCUGCGUGCACCAGUACACUUGCUUUUCUGCCGCUCGUCCCAUCCCCGCAUUUCCAAGGAAGGCCCAGAGACGGCGGCCGGCGGGAGGCCGAGGACGCCCGGUACGGACUGGAAGACCAAGUCGGCGGCCCGGUCAGCGCCCGGAAGCCCGCUCGCAUCCCGGCAAGUGCUCCGUGCGCGCCGGCCGCGCCCUCCCGCUCAUUGCUGUGCUCGCUGCCGCGCGGCGGAGCGCAACGCGGGCCCCGGACAGCCCCGCUCCAGGGCGGCCACCGCCCGCGGGGCGCGGCCCCGAGGCCGCGUGGCGGGCCCAGCGAGUCCCCGGCCCGCGAGGCCCCGCGGCGCCUACGGCGGGCGGCUCGCGUCGGCGCGAAGACCGGGCGCGGACGCGCGGCGCUGGCCCGGAGCCUACCCAUGAGGCAGCGCGCCGGCCGCCGCCGGAGCUCCCCGGCCCGGCCGCCGCUCCGCGACGGAGCCGCCGCCUGGCCGCACGCGCCUCCUACUGCUGCCGCUGCUGAGCCUGCUGUCAGGCCCACCCGUUCACACUCGGAAGGAAAGCUGGGGCAUAACUUGCUGCUUUGUCUGGAGUCCCAUGAUAAUUUAAAAAUGGCAGAACUCUUUAUGGAAUGUGAGGAAGAAGAGCUGGAACCAUGGCAGAAGAAAGUAAAAGAAGUUGAUGAUGAUGAUGAUGAUGAGCCAAUCUUUGUUGGGGAGAUAUCAAGUUCAAAACCAGCAAUUUCAAAUAUUUUGAAUAGAGUUAACCCUGGCUUGUAUUCAAGGGGAAUAAAGAAUGGCGCACUGAGUCGAGGUAUUACGGCUGCAUUCAGGCCUCCAAGCCAACACUACAUGAACUCAACUUCAAAUCCAGUGUCUGCCUCGCCAGUAAAUUUUCAUCCUGAAUCUAGAUCUUCAAGUAGCUCUGUUAUUGUUCAGCCUUUUUCUAAACCUGGUUGUAUGACAAAUCCAUCACAAGCCGUAUCUAAUAGUUCUUCAGAGUUACUGUUUGAUUUGACCCAGGAUACAGGAUUAUCACAUUACCAAGGGGCACCAACACUUUCUAUAGCAGGUAUCAAUGAAAGUUCGUUUUUAUCAAAACGACCUUCUGCUUCUGAAGUAAACAGUGUUAAUCCAAAAAAACCUAAGCCCAGUGAAAAUGUUCCUGGAACAAAUUCUUCAACUUUAGUUAAAUCUUCAUCCCAGACACCUUCUCAGGUGAUGCCAUCAAAAGGUGCAAAUACCUCAUCAGAUCAGUCUAAAAAUGGAACACCUUUUCCAAGAGCUUGUCCAAAGUGCAAUAUUCAUUUCAAUCUUUUGGACCCUCUGAAAAAUCACAUGAAGUAUUGUUGUCCAGACAUGAUAAAUAAUUUUUUGGGACUGGCUGAAACAGAAUUUUCAAACACAGCAAAUAAGCCUGUUGAUUCAGAGAAAGGAAAAUUGAUCAUGUUAGUUAAUGACUUUUACUAUGGAAAACAUGAAGGAGAAGUCCAGGAAGAACAGAAGACUCAUACAACCUUUAAGUGCUUCAGUUGCUUGAAAGUUCUAAAAAAUAAUAUUCGGUUCAUGAACCACAUGAAACACCAUUUGGAACUGGAAAAGCAGAGCAGCGAGAGCUGGGAAAACCACACCACCUGCCAGCACUGCUACCGCCAGUUCCCCACCCCCUUCCAGCUGCAGUGCCACAUCGAGAGCACUCACACCCCACACGAGUUCUCCACUAUUUGUAAAAUCUGUGAAUUAUCAUUUGAAACAGAACAUGUUCUUUUACAACACAUGAAGGACAAUCAUAAACCGGGUGAAAUGCCAUAUAUCUGCCAGGUUUGUAAUUAUAGAUCAUCAUCAUUUUCUGAUGUAGAAGCUCAUUUCAGAAGAGCCCAUGAAAACACUAAGAACUUGCUGUGUCCGUUUUGCCUCAAAGUUAUUAAAAUUGCAACACCCUAUAUGCAUCAUUAUAUGAAGCAUCAGAAAAAAGGAAUACAUCGUUGUACAAAAUGCAGGUUGCAGUUUUUGACAUGCAAGGAAAAAUUGGAUCACAAGACCCAGCAUCAUCGAACAUUUAUAAAACCUAAACAACUAGAAGGAUUGCCUCCUGGAACAAAAGUUACUAUUCGAGCUUCAGUCGCACCCCUUCAAUCAGGAUCUUCACCUACACCUUCUAUCAGUGCAAGUACUUCUAUCCUUCAGCUCUCACCUCCACGGACAAAAAAUUUAACUGCAAAAAGUCCCACAAAAUUAAACACAAGUAAACCCAGUACACCCAAAUCCACUGGAAGUAAACCUAAUGGAAAUAAAUCUAAAUACAAAUCAAAAAUACCUAAUGUACAAAAGAAACAAAAUACAUUGGCUAAUAGCAAUAAAAAGAGUAAAGUUAAUACAGCAUUGAGGAAUUUAAGGUUUCGUCGUGGUGUUCACAAGUGCAUUGAAUGUUGCUCUGAAGUAAAAGAUUUUACAAACCAUUUUCCUACGUACGUCCACUGUAGCUUUUGCAGAUACAACACUAGCUGUAGCAAAGCCUAUGUAAAUCAUAUGAUGAGCUUUCAUAGUAACCGUCCUAGUAAAAGAUUUUGUAUAUUUAAGAAGCAUUCAGAAGCUCUCAGGGGCAUUUCUCUAAUGUGCCUUAAUUGUGAGUUCCUUGCUGGUGUUUUUGACUUAGAUAAUAUGGCCACCCACUUAAGUCAACAUGAAUCUCACAGUUGCCACAUUAUAACAGGGAAGGUUUCUGUUUGUAUCCCAACUUCUGAACAUCUUUCUGAAUGCAGAAGCAGCCCAGAGAUUUCAAAAAAUGUCCAGGGUUCACCUGUACAGUGUCCCCCUCUGAGGAACACAACCGAUGCUUAUUCUCUCUUUCCAAGGAAUGUGAAUCCUUUGACUGUGGGAUCUGCUGUCAGUUGUGGCCUCAAUAAAUCUUAUCUUGGGGAUAUCCCCUUCCUCCACGGCUGGCCUUCCAUGAGGCUGCAGAGUGGCCCAAGGCCCCGCCACACUGAGCAUAUUCCCACUGGUGGCUUUGGCUCUUGAUCUUAAGCUUAUGGGCCAGUUACGCACAAGAAAAGCUCAUCAGAUCAAUUGGCUGCCUCCUUUAGAUCUUCCACUAGCAUAGACGCAUUCCAAGAAAUAAAAAAACUAGCUGUUAAGAGAUUGAUGGCUACUUUCAUGUCCUUGGAACAACAGGUCUCUAUUUGUGUUCCAAAAUUAGUUUUUUAAUGUUACUUAAAAUAUAUUACCCUAACCCUAAUUUUGCAGCAAUAUAUUCAGAUUUUUCUUUUAAAAUUUUUAACUUAAUAGCUUGGUUUUCUGUUCUCUAAAUCUAUUGAUGUCUAUAUUUCUACUCUUGAAAACUUGCUUACUUUUGUUUUAUGAAGAUCUGCAAGAGAACCCUGCAGAUUCUCUGCACACGAGCUGCAUGUUGGUUUUUUAGUUUGGCUGUUGCUCAGACCCUUUAGACCAUUCUUGCAUCCUCUGUCCAUUGCAGGAUUAUUGAUGUUAUGUUAACAAUUUUGGCUUUUAAAUUUUAAAGACUUCUGCUUACAGAUCUUAAAAACAAGUUUUGAAGUAGCAUAUUUGUAUAUCUAUGUAAUUUCUACUUAGUCAUCAUUGUAGUUCCUUUGGGUAAAGGUAACAUUAAAUAUAUUUGGUAACAGUGCACAUGUUUUUGUCCUACAUACAUUUUAAUUUUGUCCUGUUCAUAUUAGUUAUGUUAAAUAUACAUUAUUAAAUAGUUUUGAUACUAUUAUUUUCUUUUAAUAAAAAUGUGUUUGUCUCAGGAAUUGUUUGCUAAUGAGUAAUUUGAAAUAGAAUCUCUAAACUUUGUCUUAUAAAUAGGACCAUUGCUUUAUCAUAUGGAAGCAUCGUUAGCAUGUAGACUGAGAGAUACACCUGUGUAACACAUUCCUGAUGGGGCUUGAACUGCUGGUGGUACAUGCGUCAUUAUCCCGUCAGGACCAUCCUAUUGGGUGAACAGUCAUGCAUGUAUCACUGGUAGUUUAAACCAGCAGGAAUAUAUUUAUGCAUCUUGCAUUUUUUUCCUGUAGCACAAUUAAAAAGUCACUAGUCUGUACUAACUUCUUGAAUUUUAAAGACUAGAAAAGUGCCUUUUGCUCUUAAUAGGAAUAAAUAUUAGGAGGCACUGAAAUUGUAACUCAAACAUUUUCCUUGUCUGAAAAAUCAGAACUUCAUUUGUACUUUGGAGUAGAGAUAAACUAGUUUAGCCAAGGGUGGUUUUGGUUUUGCAUACAUGUAAUCCCUGCACUUGGGAGUCUGAGGCUAGAGGAUCACAAGUGUGAGCCAGCCUUGGGGUACAGAGUUAGUUCAAGUCCUGGCUGACUUGAACUAACCUUGUCUCAAAAACAAACAAACAAACUCCAAAAACCUGUGUUUUUGGAUACCACUGAUUAUGUAAUGUGUUCAUUGCAAUUAAGAAUAUUACAAAGUUGGAUCCAUUAAGUUUUUAUACAAAUUUAUAUGUGCUAUAAAUGACAGAUAUUCCAAAAUAUUCAUAAGUGGUUCUUUAUAGUGCUAAUAGUUUAGUCUUUAUUUCCUUAUCUAUCUAGGAUUUUUGACAUACACCCUGUAUCUCAGGAACUUCAUUCAAUUUAAUGUUAAUUUUCUGUUCAUCUGCACAGAAAUGUGUCCUUUGUCAGUCUAAUUCAAAAGUAAUGGUGCACCAUGGUGUUGGUACCGCCAUGUGUGACGUGCCUUUGUGUUCUUCUGCAGAGCUCUUUAAUAGAACUUAUAGCAUAUAUCAGGUUCAUUUCUGUCUGUUGGAACUUCAUUUAAAAAGUUGUUUUAAAUGAGGCAGGGCAGAUUUUUGUUGAUCAGAGAGAGUUACUUAAAUUUGAGUCUAAGUAGUUUUCUCGGGUUUGAUUCUUUAUCAUCAAAUUAUUCUAAAUACUUUAUUACAUAAUCAGAAAUAGACAUUUCUUGCAUUUAUGCUUUGGGUUACCACUGAAUAAAAGAUGUAAUUGUUUCAGUUUGUGUCCAUCUCCAUUGAGAGAAAAAUGACUGAACCUUGUGAUUUUUGUUGCAUUUUGGCAAAACAUCUCGCCUUUGCACUUUAUUCCAUAAACACUUACUGAGUUGUGCACGACACUGUUCUAGGUAUUAGAAAAAUAUAUUGAAGUUUCUGCUCUUGUGUAGCUUACAUUUUGUCUUAAAAGACAAUAAAAAGUAAGUAGAACGUAUAUCCCAAAUUGACCAAUACUAUAAAGGAAAUGUAAGUGGAGAGCGGGGAUAAAAAGUAUCAAGUAGAAGCUCAGAGGCUACUUUUAAAUUUGGUGACCGGUGUUUGGCUUUGGAGAGCUCACUGAGAGAUAGUCUUUGAGUAAGGGUGUGGGGUGACAAGUGAGCUGCUAGGCCGUGUGCUGAAGCCCGGAUUCGAGGAACUGCAGGGAGACUGGUGCAGCUGCCUUGGAGCAGAUGAGCUGUGAGUCCUAUGGGCCUGUGGGACAGAAGAGCUUACAGACCCCUGCAAGGAAGGAGGCGGUUAGGCCACACGGUGGCACUUAUCUGCAGUCCCAGCACAGCGAUGGGACAAAAGGGGGCUCUUGCAGGUCACAUAUUCAGACCUAGGGCUCAAGUCUUGUGCCUGUAAUGCCAGCACUCAGAAGGCCCAUACAGGAUGACUGUCGAUUGUAGGGCCAGCCUGGAUGCCUGGAUGCCUGAACUAGAGCCCUGUCUGAAACAAAGAUAGUGGCUGUUCAUCUGUGGAGGUUUUUUUUCUGUCAUGGAUAAUCGAACUCAGGACCUUGUGCUUGCCAGGGCAGCAGUUUUCCACUAAGCUAUAUCCCUGUCCCUGUAGAAAAUUUUUAGUAGAGAAUAUUUCCCUAAAAAUCUGAGUAAACAACCUGAUUGCAGCAGCAGUAUUUAUUUAGCUGUUUUCUCAAGAAUAGUUGGCAGAGUUGGAGGUUAGGGGCUGUUGUAACCAAGUAGGUAUUAAGGGGGUUUGCCCAAGAUGCUAGCAAAGUAGGUGGUAAGUGAUUUUAUUUUUGCUGUAUUUUGAGUUUCUUAGUACUUACAUGUGAGAGGUGAGAGAAUGGUGAAUGACUCCAUGGUUAGUAGCCUGAGGAACUGGAAAAGUGGCACUGACGCUGAAAUAGAGAAGACUUUGAGAGGAUAGGUUUAGAGUAAAGAUGAAGACUUUGACUUGGGACAUGUUUUAAUUUGAGAUGCCUAUUAGAUAGCUAAGUGGAGAUAUCAUGGUCAUUCACUUGCGAAUUUGGAGAAGUUUUUUAUGCUGUAAGUGUCAUUGUUAUUUCAAAGUGUCACGAGACAAAAUAAAAGUAAAACUGAUCUUUUCAGGGUCAGUACAUGUAUCCCCAUCAGUGCCCUGCUUGUGCUAUUGGGCUGUGGUUUUGCAGAAUGUUACUCCUGGGAAACCAAGUAAAGAGUAGAUGAAACUUCUCUGCAUCAUUUCUGACAGCUGUGUGAAUCUGUAAUUAUCCCAUAAUAGAAAUGAAGUGAAAUGAAUGGAGCUGUGUGAGAGCUGGGUACAGCAAAGAUAGACAAAGGGCAGGGUCUUUAAACUCGUGAAGUCUGUUUGUAAGUCAGGGGUGAAAAGGAGUGGACAGAGAAAACUAAGCAGAUGUGAUAAGCAAUGCAGGAGGUUCCAGGGAGCGGCAGUGCCUUUCUCUGAGCCUCAGCCUUUGUGAAAGAUUCGAGUACUAACUGGAUUUACAGUCUGGGGUUUUCUAGUUCGGUACUGGUUAUAUCUCAGUGUCAUAAUUUGUUUUUGUGAGAAGAUUAAUUUAGAAUGCCACACAUUCCCUAUCCAGUAGCAAAAAAUCAGGUGUUCUUGACCUUGAGAGAAUGAAAUGUCCAUGUUACUCUUAGGCAUAUACAAUUCUCUGCAUGUACUACUGUAUAAAACAGUCUUGUGUUUGUAUAAAAGAAACUAAGUGGCUUAGUGUUUCCCAAAUUCUCCAUUUUAGGACUAGUGUCCAAAAUUGAUGUGUGAUAUGGGGGGUUCCUGUGGUUAAUAGAUUAAGGGAAAUGAAAAUUAAAUAAAUGCUUUAACAUGGGAUUUUUCAUCUGGACAUAAACCUACAUAGAAUAAAUAGUGUAUUCAGUGCUGAUCUUAACUUGGAAAAUAGAAGUAGUUGUAUGAAGUGUUGUCUAAAAAGGCCUCCAAGACAUUUCAUUCAUAUUCACAAAUAUUUUAUAAAAUGAAUGCAUAAGUAGAUGCUGGCAAGUACAUAUUCAUAUUUUAGUACUAUAUCAGGAAUAAAUGGCAUAUAUUUAUAAAAUCUAAGAAAUAAGUAAUUAAGCAGAGUAGUUCUUAGCCUGUUCUAUCUGUAAUUGUAGCAGCAAGGGAUGCUUGUGUUGAAGGAGUUUGGUUACCUAGCAUGGUUUUACACUGAAGAAUCUCACUAUUUCUAGCUUCUCUCUGUAACUCACUUUUCUUAUUUAUUAAUCUAUCACUCAGCUACGUUUCUUGAGACUAUUACAAUGUCUAACCCUUAUGUUAUCCUUAAGAAGUUUCUUUUUAAAAGUUUUUCAUUUUGUAAAGCUUUACUUCUUUCCUGAAUGGCUUCAGAAGAUCUUCCUUGAUAAUAAGAUUAGGAAAUUUGAUACCUAGGCCCACAUUAAACGUUCAGACCCUUAAAGGGCAGUGCAACACAGUGCAGGCUGUACAGCUGUUUGCCAAGUUUGGAGUCCUGCCCGUUGUUUACUAUAGUGUGCAACAUUUGUAAAACACAGAUAAUAAAAAUACCUACUCACAAAGUGUCAGGAAAUUAAAGGAGUUGGUAUAUCCAUGUAGUAUUUCAAAAAUGAUUAAUAUGUAGGGAGCACCAUCAGUUAUAAAGUUAUCAUUGUAUUGCAACGUUAUUUAUUACUAUUCAGGGGAUAUUAUCCUACUGUUCAACCUCGUUUUCAUUCUACCCUUCCAUACCAUUUUGACAAAUUCUAUUAGCCUUGUUUUUCUGACUCAGUUUAUUGAGUUUUGUCUCUUUUCGGUCUUUUUUUGAGACAGGGUCUCGCUAUAUAGUUCAGGCCAGCCUUGAGCUCACUUUGUAGCCUAUGCUGGUCACGGACCUGCAAGGAUCCUCCUGCCUCAGCCUCAUAAGUGCUGGGACUACAAGAAUGCACCACCACCCCCAGCUCAAUAUUUAAAUCCUAGUUUUACAUAAGGCUCUGGGUUAAAGUUCCAGACACAAAAACAUGUGCACAUCACAUAUGCACACAUGUGCACUAAAUAAAUGAGAAAGUAAAAGAAAAAAUCCUUAAUGUUUAACCAGCUCCAUAGUCCUGAGGAAAUUAUUUAAUCUUACAGAGAUUCAUCUUCCUCUUCGCUGAAAGAUACGUAAUACUUCCUUACAGAGCAAUUGUAAGAAAUAAGAUGUACAAAUUAAUUAAAGUACUAAUUCAUAUGGUUUAGUUACUCUACUUAAGUUACUUGGUACAACUCUUACAGAAGGUAGCCUCUGGGUAAAUGCACACUUGCUGCUUCUGCUACCACCACUACUUUCCUGCUAUUAUUAUUAGUGCUGCGUCCAGGUGACAGGAAACCUCGGGGAAGUCUUCCAUCUGCACUGAGGUCAUUGGUGAUUUUCACUUAUACUUCAGUCUUGCAGUACAUGUUUCCAGACUGCUAAGUGGAUGACAUUACAUCACAGUGCUUCAGUUGAACCUUGUUUAAUUCUGUGUCAGAAUUGAACAUAAUUCUGGCAUUUCCUGGGAGAAGACUAUGAAACAACACUAACUUGGGGAAAAUUGGUAUAAAAUCCCUUCUUCAAAGAAAAAAAUUCCACUAUUAUUACUCAUUUCUAUAAAUUGUGUCUACUUAUCACAUACUACUAUUUUAUGAAAAUAUAGAAAGAAAAAUGUAUAAUUUAGUAGUUAUUUUUGUUGUUUCAUUUUGUUUGUACCAGGUGUCGAGCUCACAACCUCUUGCUUGCCAGGUAGGCCCUUGUGCCGCUGAACUAAAUCCCCAGCCCCAGAAGGGAUGUAUUUAAAGAGCGAUCUUUCUCAAAUGUUACACUGUUAUUCAACUCAUUUAUAAAAUUGCUUUGUUCUGUUUCUCCCUAUAUAUUAGUUUUCUCUAGUAUAUCUUGUAGCUGAAUUAUAACAGAGAAAUAAAGUUUUACAUUUUGUAAACGUCUUUUUCUUGACAAUAAAUUGAAAAUAGAUAAUUUCCUUUAGCGCACUUGCGGAACAUAAGAAUCCAUUAUAAAUACAUAAUAGCACAUGCUUACAAAACUAGGCUCCUUUAUGAGUUGUCUAUAUUAGUAAUUGAAAUGCUUUUAAAGCCCCAAUUUGGGUUGGGUGUAGUGGUGCACACCUAUAAUCCUGUCACUCAGGAGGCUGAGGCAGAAGGAUUUCCUUGAGUUGGAGGCUUGUGUGAGCUAUGUAGUGAAACCUAGUCUCAAAAAGCCAUAAUUUGAAGUGAUUUUUAAAAGUUGAUUUAGUUCACUGAGUGAGCGCCAGCUUUGUUUUAGGCAAAGUACAGUGGUGCCUUGGUUCACAAACAUUUCAUGUCUCUGAUCUCAAACUGAAUUGGACAAGAACUGAAUCAAGUUCAGUGGUUGGGUUCAGUGUUGACCUUACAGGGAAAUUUGAUUCAGUUCUCGACCAAUUCAGUUUGUGGCCAGAAAAAGUGGAGAGAGUUAAGUUCGUGAACCAAGGUACCCCGGAAAGAGCGUUGACUAAAGUUUCAGGAGUUCAGGACUCUGCUGUCUAAACAGCUUUUUGGUCAUGUAUUUGAUUUCUUCAUUCAUGAAAUGGGUUGAAAAUAAAUGUUUUGAGGGCUUAAAAAGGUGUAUAAUAUGUUUUACAGAUAAAAAGUUGCGUGUUAUACUUUAUUAAAUUCCUCUAAAGAAUUCUAGGAAGAAACGCAUGUGGAAAACUGUCUUUCCUUGAAAGCACAUACUCCUCCCUCUUGUUUGAGAAUCACGAAGACUGAAGUUGAGUUUCAUUCUCAGCACCCAUAGGCACAACACAACUGUUUCCCUUCUGUGUAUCUAUUCGUUGACCUGACCGCUGAUAGCUUGCCUUCACGGGGCCAGAAGGCCUGUGUGCCUCUGUGUCAGCAGCUGGAAUGAGAUAUGAAUAAGAAGUACAACUUGUGCCAUGUAGCUUUUGUGAAAUACCUGUAUGAAAAAGAAUCUAAACCUGUCCCCAGAAUGAAGUAUCACUUUAUUACUUUCAGUUAAACUAAUAAAAGUCAUUUUUCACAAAUAUAAGCAGUAAGGACAGUUUCAGAGGCAAAUGCCUACACUUUUAAGUUUUAUAUUUGAAAAUAUUUCUGUUAAAAAUGUUUCAUCUCAUUGAUUCUAUGAACUUUCAAAACUAUGAAGUCAUUCUCUUGUGAAAUUCAGAAGUUGUUUGGAGGAAGUAUUGGCUUUAAUCACAAUCUGAGUUUUAAAAGUAAAGACUUAAAUGUUCAAAAUGGUCAGGGUAUCUUCAUUUCAUUUACAUUAGCAGGAAAGAAAGGCAGACCAAUCUCAUUUCACAUUUCAGGCUCAUUACUUCUCUGAUCUUUUGAAAUGUGACUGAAAUUAGAAGUACUUGAGGCUUUCCUCUAGAUUCGGGAUUGUUAAUGUUUCAAAAAUGUCACCAGGAACAUAAAAGUUUUUCUUUUCAAAGUAAGUAGUCUUAGUGCAUGUACACUGGUAUGAAAUCACAAAUCAGCAGGUGAGAGCUGUAUGUACAUCAAGAUGUGGUUUCUGGCACUUUGGAUUUGGAGUCUUUAGUAUCUGAAAGCAGCGAAGAAGGGAGGGUAAAUGCAACUCUGCAUAGUCUGUCUUUGAGGGCAGACCAUACCAACCUUUACCCAUGAUUUUGUGCCACUUUUUCAGUCUCCUAGUCUUGGGGGUCCUUUAUAGCUUAUAAAUAAAAUAUCUAAGGUGUUACUUAGUAUUGCCAACAGGAUAAAAUAGAACCCUAUUUCUACAUUAAUUCUGCAUACAUUGGGGCCAGAAGUUUAGCUCAGUGGCGUAAGUGCCUGCUUUGCAAGCACACAAUCAUGAGUUCGAUCCCUGGUACAAAAAAACAAACAAACAAAAAAAACCUGCAUACAUUGUCUUUUCUUCUACAAUUUUAUACACAUGUCUUGUCUUCUUGGUUUUAUGUUCUGCAUUUACUAGCUGUAUGGGCCCAGAAUGAUUUUUCUGGUUUUUUUUUUUUUUUUCCCCACUUUGGAUGAGCAGAUGAAACCAAGGUUUUCAGAAAUAUGUCAGUGUUUUUAUACCAGAGCAAAUAAGGCUGAUCCUAAGGGGAGUAGACCAGCAAUGAAAAUGUAGACAUAGUUAAGGUACUGGUUUUUCAAGGAAGACUGGAAGCAUGAAAAGUCUCAAAGCUGUAGGAGUAAAUUAUAAAUUAACCUGUGUUGUGAACUUUUUAGCAAAUUCUAUAUAGGAAGAUUGAUUGCAGACUGUGCCCAUCACAGUAAUAGGUAUGAUUUAUCGUUGACACACAAUGUGUCAGACAUUCUUCUGCGUAUUUUGCACUCAUUUAAUUCUCACAGAUCUUUGAUACAAGUGCUAUUAUUAUCCUUCAGAUACCUGAAGUGUACAUAAAUUAGAUACUUUGCAUAGUGUUAACAUAACUGGAAGGGGUAAUCUCAGUUUACAGUCUGGAAGUCUAUCUUCAGAAACGGAGCUGCUAAGGACUGUGCUUCCUGCCCUGUGGGACAGACUUCGCUUCACUGUGUAGGCCAUCUUGCUAGAAAGGUGGAGGCAGGAACCAACACAGUCAGCAGAGGAAGUGGUACAGCUUCCCAGUUAGGGCAGCAUUUCUGUGACACAGACAAUAGUGUAUUUUAGCAAAGAAUAACAGAUUAUCAGGUUUAAUUUGGCAGUCAUUCUGAGUAGAAGUGUUCUUAGUUGUGCUUAAGAAUGACAUGCACAGAAUGAACAGAUCUGUGAUGAACAUGGCCAUAUGAUGGCUCUGUAUCACAAAUUCAUAUGUCCAAGUUCAUUUUUCCUGCAAAAUAAGCUCCCUUUCCCCUUGAAUUCUUUCUCGGUUAAUGAUGUUACUGGUUUCCUCACCAGUUGAGGUUGACUUUAGGGGUGGGUUAUGUUUGUUCUUAUAAACUAUAUUGUGAAAUUCUGUUGGUUUUAACUUACAUUUCCCUAAAUCUUUUUCUCCAUUGGCACUGCUCCUGUUUCAGAUAAGACAGUCAUAAACUAUCUUAACUGGGACUCUGACUGAAACCCAUCUAUUUCUGAUGUACAAAUCUGAUCACAUUCAUACUGGCUUCAGUAUUCUUAGUAUGAACACUUUAUCAUAGCUGUGAAGAUCUGUGAAGUUGCCUUUGCUAUCUCUUCACGUUUACCUUCAGCUGUUUUCCUGGGCGCCUUUCAGUUAGGUGAUAGGGCCUGUCUAUGCCAUCUUGUUUCGAAUUUGUUUCUGCUGUGCCUUGAAUCACCUCUCAGCUUUGCUAACUUUUGUGUUCCUGCAAACCCACGUUUGUUGUGUUGUCUGUGCUGCCUGCUUGUCCCUCCCUCUUAUACUGACUCAAUCCUUUUUAAAAUACUGUAAAGAUUUGCUGUUUUCUUUACAAGAGACUUUGCUUUUAUUUUUGGACUAGAACACUUAGGUAUGUUUAACAUAGUAAAUGAUUAGUUCAUAUGCUUUUCCACACAAGCCUAUUACCAGUCUUCAGAAUGAUCAGAAAUGAUAACACUAGAUGUUUUUCUGUUACUUUUGAGUCUAAUGGUUAUUAUCUUUAAUUUAGUCCUAAAUGUCUAAGAGAAAGGUCUUGAAAACUAUUAUUUGCUUCUUGUAUGAUCUUAGCUUUCCAGUAUAUUUACAAAUAAUCUUAAAUUGAAGAUUAAAUUUAUAAUACUAGCAUUGACAUGUUUGGCUUUUAAAUGUUAUUGGAAACAAAGAAUUUGGCCUAAUUGAAAUAAACCUGAAUAAUUUUUUUACCACCUCUCCCCAACCCAUGGUAUGUUUGUACUUCAAAGCCUCAAAAGAGCAUACUGCCAUAAUUAAAUCAGGACAGUCAUUGUGUGAGUGGCCUCAUGUUAGUCAUUUUACCUGUAGAAAAAUGCAAACGAGGCCAUACAUUUUAUUUUAGGCUUUAGAGGAAAGGGAUUAUGCUUUACAAAUACAUCAAAGGUCUAUCAGAUUUCCAUAGAAAAAAAUUACCUGCAGUCUCAUCAUUAAUGAUGUUGAAAUUGAUCACUGAUAAGUGCUUUGUUCUCUUUGUAUUGAAAGAUCAGUGUUCUGAAUACUGCACUACAUCUUUCUAUAAAAGAAUUACUGCAACAUUCACAGUGAUAGGUCAUUAGUACAGAACUUUGAGCUUAGAAAAUUUGACGGUCUUCUCCAAAAGUUGAAUAUCUCAAAUGAUGAUUAUUUCAGCAGGCAACUUUAAUGAAUAAGAAUUACAG